CCGGGGCGCGCACUGCAGGGCACUGCUCCCCGCCCACCUGGCCCGCGGGGAGCCGGGAGGUGUCUUCUUGCCUGUGGGAAAUGAGACCCGAAAUUAGAACCGGGGAAGCCUUCAGCCUUCCCCGUCCUGCAGCCAGCUCAUGUGUCUCAGAUCGGAUGAACCAUAACAUUUUAAAAGAUAGAUUGUCUUAUAACUGGGUUCGUUUAAGGAUAACGGGUUACAUUUUAACUUGCGGCGUAGGUAGCGAUUACAGCUGGGUUAUUGAAAGCAGCUCACUCCAAGCCGUCAUCCUCGAUCACACUGCCAUUGCUGAGGAGCAAGGCUUUAGAUGUGAGUCGAUUCCUAAUUCUCUAACAAAUGCCCUUGUUCUGUUUUAGGUCCUUGGCAAAGACCCAUCGUUGAGCGGGGCUCUAGUGCGGGCUGUCCUGCCAAUAACUUAUAAGCGACAUUUUCAAACUAUGUGAAGAAGACUUAUUCUUCUGUGAUGGAGAAGUAUGAAAAAAUUGGGAAAAUUGGCGAAGGAUCCUAUGGGGUGGUUUUCAAAUGCAGAAACAGGGACACGGGUCAGAUUGUGGCCAUCAAGAGGUUUCUGGAAUCAGAAGAUGACCCUGUCAUAAAGAAAAUCGCCCUUCGAGAAAUUCGCAUGCUCAAGCAACUCAAGCACCCCAACCUUGUCAACCUUAUUGAAGUCUUCAGGAGAAAGCGGAGGCUUCACCUGGUGUUCGAGUACUGUGCCCACACGGUCCUCCAUGAGCUGGACAGAUACCAGAGAGGGGUACCAGAAUAUCUCGUGAAGAGCAUAACUUGGCAGACAUUGCAAGCAGUAAAUUUUUGCCAUAAACAUGACUGCAUACAUAGAGACGUGAAGCCAGAAAAUAUCCUCAUCACAAAACAUUCAGUGAUUAAGCUUUGUGACUUUGGGUUUGCUCGGCUUUUGACUGGACCAGAUGCCUACUACACAGACUAUGUGGCUACCAGGUGGUACCGCUCCCCAGAGCUUUUGGUGGGGGAUACACAAUAUGGCCCUCCAGUAGAUGUUUGGGCAAUUGGCUGUGUCUUUGCUGAGCUGCUGUCAGGGGUGCCUCUGUGGCCAGGACAGUCAGAUGUGGAUCAGCUCUAUCUGAUUAGGAAAACCUUGGGAGAUCUCAUUCCUAGGCACCAGCAAGUAUUUAGCACAAAUCAGUACUUCAGUGGAGUGAAAAUUCCAGACCCUGAAGAUAUGGAACCACUUGAAUUAAAAUUUCCAAACAUCUCUUAUCCUGCCCUGGGGCUCUUAAAGGGCUGUCUCCACAUGAACCCAGCUGAGAGACUGACGUGUGAACAGCUGCUGCGGCACACAUAUUUUGACAGCAUCAGAGAAAUAGGGGAUUCACCGAAAGAGCAUGACAGACCAUUGAGGAAGACUCUCAGACAGAGCCGAAAGCACCUGCCUGGGUUGCAGUGCCUACCUCAGCUGACGAGCAGCAGCAUCCUUCCAGCUUUGGAUAAUAAGAAGUACUACUGUAAUAUGAAGAAACUUAACUACCAUUUUCCAAAUAUUUAAGGAGCUUAGAGAUUGAUGAUUAAAAAGGAAUUGAUCCAUAAUUUGAAGAAAAUAAAGCAUUUGAAAGCAA